AUGCCCUCGUUGAGACUCCUCGCUGCCGGCUCGAACGCACAGGGCCAGCUCGGCACAGGCUCCUUGGAGGACGCGCACUCGUUCACACCGUGCCUCUUCGCCGGCUACCCCGCCGGAAGUCUUCCUCCGGGUACACUAGCCAUCUCACAAAUUGCCUGCGGCGCAAACCACACACUCGCUCUUCUACAACGCCAGGUGGAGCCGGACGCGACGCCGGUCUCGGAGCUCUGGGGAUGCGGCGACGGCCGCAGAGGGCAGCUGGGCCCGUCGUACCUCACCGACGUCGGCGCGAGCGCAGACAAAACCUCCACGGCUGUGUUCCAGAAGCUAGACUUACAGCUAGAUCGCACUGUUGGUGCGGACUCGCUGCAUGCAUAUGUGCCGCGGCUGGUCGCGGCGGGCUGGGAGACGUCGUAUGUUGUGGUGUCCCGUGCUGGGUGCAGCGACGUACUGAUCUCUAUGGGCGCGGAUGACUAUGGGGACCUCGGCGUGGGUGGCGCGAAGGGGAAAGGCGUUAUGGGGCGGCCUGUACACCUUGUCGAUCUCCGCGGCUUGUUCGCACAACACGCUGGGGAAGCCGAAGUCGACGGGGGCUCGUUCACUGUACGCUCUCUUGCUGCUGGUCCACACCAUGUGGUGGUAAACCUGGAGACCGUGCACGACCACGAGUUUAUGCAAAGCCUCCUUGUAGGCUGGGGUGCAGGCAGACAUGGUCAACUCGAUGGCUUUGAACGCACGCCUGGCAAAGCAUCGCCGUUCUAUACCGCCCCGCGACCGAUACCUCUUGCACCGAACGCCCCCGCCGUUGUGUCCAUCGCACUCGGGAACCAACAUUCUGUCUUCCUUGAUGCCUCUGGACGACUCUCAGGCUGUGGGUCCGAUCGCAAGGGCCAACUACGAGAUCUACGGACGCUGGCUAACGUCACGGAUGUGGCAUGUACGUGGAAUGGGUCGUACCUUGUGAUGAAGGAUAUCGAAGGAUGGCGUAUACUUUCCACUGGGAGCAAUAACAAGGGACAACUUGGGCGUGGAGACUUUCGAGACGCGUCCUCACUUGUCGGUGUUCAAUUCCAGUGCACGGAUCACACUUGUCAACUAAAGAAGAUUGCGUGCGGGAGUGAGCACAUCCUCUGCUUGCUCACCCGGAACGCAGGAGAGGCAACACAGGCCGAGGUAUGGGGAUGGGGAUGGAACGAACAUGGGAACCUAGGACUCGAUUCGACGGAGGACCAGAACCGUCCACUUUGCGUUUGGUCCUCUGCGAGCGCAAUUGGUACCGCUAGUCAUGCGGUUGGUAUAUGGUGUGGUAAUGGAACUAGCUGGAUCGCCGUCGAGCAAUAA